UGAAGUUGUAGUGUUUAUAUUUCCCAUCCAAUCCCUCAGGUUACGUAAAAAUUUCGUACGCAGUGGUCGAUCUAUCUAUAGAUAAAAAGAGAACGGUGUAGUCUGGAUCUGUGUACAAAAAUAAUCAAUGAAACGUUUCGUGACGAACCCAAAUGUAUGACAUAACAUGCUGUGUAAAUCCCAUAUGUGCAUAGUUAGUGAUUACUUAAAUCUUGUUGCAAGGUGAAUUAGUCAAAUAACUGAAGUUAUUCUUAAGAAAUUGUCAAGAUAAUUUGUAGUUCUACUCUAUAAUAAAAAGUGCUGGAUCAAAAUGCAAAGACGAACAUCAAAUGGCAACAAAGAUAGAAAUCAACAUUCCAGAUCAGGAAGGUUCAACGGAAGAUCUGAUUCACCAAGAUCAUCAAAUGAAAAUUCCAAUAAGUUUGCGAGUGUGUCAUAUUUGAGAAUAUUAUUAUCGUAUAAUAGUGAUCACAUUCUAAAUAUUCUCUCAAAAAAUAAAGAUGAAUAUUUUAAAGUGUUGAAUGAAAAUAAUAUGGGAUGUUAUGAUUUGUUGGAAGUAAUCACGAAAAUAACUGUCAAAAUAUGCGAAUCCUCAUUUAUAGCUAAUAAAUAUCAAAUUUUAAAAAUAACCGUUAGUAAAUCGUUCGUGGAUGCUUGGAAAAAACAAAUUUCAAAUAAACCGAAUUUAGAAAUUCAAUAUAUCGACGAUAUUUUAAUAAUUUUUGAAAACGCUUUAGAUUUCAUGCCUUCUUUAUGUUGGUAUCAAAUAUAUAUCUUUAUAAAAUUCUUAAACACCACGAAUAUAUGCAAGUCUUCGUCAAGUUUAAUAAACAAAUUGAAUAAAUUGAACGGAAAAGUUGGUUCUUUCAAAAAUAGAUUUUCUAAAUCGACCAAUAAAAAUGCGUUAGCUCCAGAAGAAGAUUUCCAUUCAAUAACUAUUUUUCCCUCAAUUAAAGAACUAGUUACAAGAGAAAUGAAUUUCAUCAGAUCGAACGUAAUUAGAGGAUCCUACGAAAGCGUCUCCCAUUAUCUAGACGUUUUAUUUAGAUUACAAAGGGAGGAUUUUUUAAAUCCGAUCAGAGAAGAUAUUUGCGAUCACAUCAACGGUGUCGAUAGACAUUUAUUCAACAUUAAGAUUUACAACGAAGUAUUGUUUUUAGGGGAAUCUUGUAAUAAAGACGAUAUAUGCUACGAAUUACAAAUAACAUUAAAUAAAAAGUUGACAGAACGAUUAAAUAAUGAAACGAAAAAUAAAUUUAUGACUGGUAGUUUAUUGCUAUUUACGGAUGAUAACUUCAAAACGGUUCUUAAAGGAUUAGUAGUAAAUUCCGAUGCCAUAGGUAGAGGAAAACUAAUCGUCUCAUUUGAAGAAAAUUUUCCGAAAUUAAAACAUGCUUACAAAAUGAUUGAAUGCGUCGUAUUCUUCGAUCCGUAUUAUCACGUCCUUAAAGUAUUACAAAUGAUGGAAAUCGACGAAUUACCUAUGGGUAAAUAUAUCGUUUCUGUAGAAACUACAUCGACGAAACGCCCCGCUUAUUUACCGUUAACUACACCACAACCAAAAGUGAAACUGAAUCAAUCCCAGGAAAUGGCAUACAAGGCCGCUUUUUCUAAGGAAUUUGUUAUUAUUCAAGGACCGCCUGGUACCGGAAAAACUUUUUUGGGUUUAACUAUAACGAAGGAUCUUUUAAUGUAUAGUCAGGGACCAAUCUUAAUAGUUUGUUAUACCAAUCACGCUUUGGAUCAAUUUUUGGAAGGACUUUUAACUGACGAAAUAAAUCUGGUGCGCCUUGGAUCACAAUCUAAAAACGAGAAACUUCAACAACAUACACUCAGAAGAAUGAAACAGAAAUUUCGUACAGGACAAAUGAUUAAAACUAAAACACAAAAUAUUGAAAACUUUGCAGCCAACAUAAAAAAACUCGAUGUACCAUUAACAAUAUUACGAAAUCGCGAUGGUAUAGUCGGUUUAAAAUAUUUACAAACAGUCCUAGGACAAGCCUUCACUGAAGAAUAUCUAUUCGUAUGGCUCCUCCAAGACACCACGAAAUAUAUUGAUGACUCGGAAGCAAAACGGUUGACAGAAGUUUAUUGGAAUUAUAUGAAAAAUACCACAAAUGUACGAGAUUACACAGUUUUACUUUUGGACAUGGAAAAAUGGUUGAGUGAUAUUUCAACAUCGAAAUCCACGGUACAAUUGGAAAUUGAUUCGUUAAAUGCAGAGUUUGUAGGUGGUCAUAUAACAAAAGAAAAAUACACGCAUUAUAUGUCGUUGUAUGAACGUGAAAUGAAAUGUUUGGAAAAAGAUUUUGAUUACAUUUUCGAAAAAGUAAUUUUUUUAACAAAUCAUUUAGAUAAAAAAUAUAAACGAGCUACGAUUCAAAAAUUGAAUGAUCCAUAUAAAUUAUCAACUGAAGCUAGAUGGGAAUUGUAUCAAUUAUGGCUAGAUGAAGCGCAAGAAAUGUUGGAAGUUGAAAAAAAGAAACUACUAGUUCAAUAUCUAUCGGCAUAUUAUGAGUUCAAUAUGUUGAAGGAAGAUGUUGAUGUGGCAACUUUAAAAAAAAUGGAUAUAAUAGGAAUGACUACAUCAUGUGCUGCAAGAAUGCAUUCAACGUUACAAAGAGUAGAAUGUCCUAUUGUUAUUGUAGAAGAAGCAGCAGAAGUUUUGGAAGCGCAUAUAGUUACAGCGUUGUCAAAAAAUUGUCAACAUUUAAUCUUAUUAGGAGAUCAUCAACAGCUCAAACCGGGUACGUCCGAUUAUGUCAUUGGUAACCAAUUUAAUUUAGGCACAAGUCUAUUUGAACGAAUGGUCGAAAAUAACAUUCAAUGUCAUACAUUGAGUGUUCAGCAUAGAAUGAGACCGGAAAUCGCCAGUUUAAUCACUCCAGUGAUUUAUCCAAAUUUAAAGAAUAGUGUUUCUGUUUGUAAUUAUCCAGAAGUGCGAGGGAUGAAAAAAUCAUUAUUUUUUAUACAUCACAAGAAUCCAGAAAAAGAGUUCGGCGAUGCAAGCAAAUUUAAUCGUUUUGAGGCUGAAUAUCUUGUUAAAUUAGCAAAUUACCUACUCAAAACGGGGUAUAAAUCGGAGGAGAUAACAAUUUUGGCAGCUUAUGCAGGCCAAGUGGUUACCAUAAACCAGGAAGCGGCUAAGAUUAAAAAUAAAGAUUUGAAAAAGGUUGAUGUUACAACAGUCGAUAAUUUCCAAGGUGAAGAAAACAGAAUAAUUCUACUGUCUCUUGUAAGGAAUAACGAUGAAGAAUCUGUUGGAUUUUUGAAAAUUGAAAACAGGAUUUGCGUAGCAUUGUCGAGGGCCAAAGAAGGAUUUUAUAUAAUGGGAAAUAUGAGGAUGUUGUCAAAUGUCAGUAAAAUCUGGAAAGAUAUUAGAAAAACUUUGAAAACCAUUGAAGCUAUAGGACGGUCCCUACCACUAUUUUGUCAAAAUCAUGGAACUGUGACUGAAAUAGAAAAAAUUGAAGAUUUUGAAAAUGUUUCUGAAGGGGGAUGUAAUAAGGAUUGUUUUUUCAAGUUGAGUUGUUCUCAUGAAUGCAAACGAAAAUGUCACAUGGAUGAUUUAGAUCAUAAAGAGUAUAAAUGCAAGGAACUGUGCCUCAGAAAGAUAUGCGAUUUUUCAUCACACGAUUUGUGCAAAAAGUAUUGCUUCGAAGAUUGCGGUGUAUGCCAAAUCACAGUCACAGUUACUCUAAACUGUGGGCAUAACCAAAAAGUUCCCUGUUAUAAAAGAAAAAGUCUCGAAAAAGUUGAAUGUUCAUUUGAGAAUACCAUAACUUUAGCUUGCAGCCAUGAGUAUAUUGAAAUUUGUCAUAAACAAGGUCAAUUGAAGCAAUGCAAUGAAUUGUGCAAUAAAAUUUUAAAGUGCGGUCAUAAGUGUGCACAAAUAUGCCAUUAUGGUAGAGAUACUGAACAUAUUGAUUAUAAAUGUUCGAUAAUGUCAAAAAAAAUAAUUUGUAUUGUACAAAAUUCGGAAAAAAACAUUUUUCGCUAUUGGCUUGUUAUCAACAACCGAUUUUGUGCAAUAAUAAAUCAACAAAAGUUCGUAAAGAGUGUGGUCACUCUUACAAUAAUAUCCCGUGUCACAAAGAUGUGGAUAAUAUGGAAUGUAAGAAGAGUUGUAAAAAGAAUCUGCCAUGCGGCCAUCUUUGUAGAAAUGAAUGCUAUGAAAUUUGCGGACCUUGCAAAUUUGAGAUGCUUCAACAAGCAGAAUGCGGUCAUUGGUUGAAUAGUAUAUGCGGUAAUACACCAUCAGUGAUGGAAUGUACAAAUCCGUGCGUUAAAACUCUUAGAUGCGGACAUAGAUGCCCGAAAAAAUGUAACCAAAGAUGCUCAACUGAAGAAUGUCCUUCAGUUUGUUUUAAGAAACUAGACUGUGGCCAUACUUGUAUUGCCGCUUGCAGUCAACCCUGCGCUUGCCAAUUAAAACAAAUCCCUCAAUGUUUACAUUUGAUUAAGAUGAAAUGCUCCGAAGAACCUACCAAAAAGGACUGUAAAAUAUGUAAGGAUCGGAAUGUUGAUUUUCAUGUUAUUUUACGUUGUGGUUUUACAUUUCACACAAUCUUAAGCCAAAUACUCGCGUUUUUUAGAAAAUAAUGUAUUUAUUUCUAAACUCGCUAAGGUUACAAAAAAUAUAUUCUUUUAUACAACAUCUCUGUUAUUAUACUAUAUUACUAAAUAAAGCCACUGAUAAAAUAGG